GCAAAAUGUCCGGCCCUGCUGUUCGAACGUUUUGCCAGUGGUGAAGACCUUGAUCUCGAACGACGAAUUUACCUGGGUCACCAUUAGCCCCAGGCUAGAAAUUACUAGAGGACAGCCAACGUCGGAAGCAUUUGGAGAACCUGCCGACGUCUCAUAGCUCUCCGGACUCUCUAAGAAUUCGGAAUUAUUCGCUGAGCCUUCCGUCGAAGCACAUCCCUCAAUCCUGUUGUCCUUGUGCACGUGUCAAUUUUAAAAAAUUUCGAAAAAUUAAUAAUACGACGCUUCUGCAUACUUUAUCUGAAGAGGAAGUGUAUGGUGUUACAAAUGACGAGAAUAUUUGGCUUCCUCGUUGUUACAUUAUUGUUGAGCGGCACCGUUGACUUGCAUCCCCAGUACCGUUUAAAAGGUUCGGAGGAUGGAUAUAUACUCCGAAGUUGUACGGCGAGUGCGCAAUUGACUAGAAAACACAGAAAUAAGGAAAUUCCAGGGUUCAACGUUCCUAGUAUUAAUAGUAAUGACUUGAAAGAUUCUCACGUUUUGCCUACUCAGCCCCCGGAACUAUCAAAGGAUCGAUCUAGAAUUAUAAAGAUCAAUACGAUUCCUAUGUCUUAUGAGACACGACAUAAAUUAAAAUUGUCUGGUAAUAAACAAUAUGAUCACACAAAUGGGGAAGCGCAAAUAAAAAUUAAACGGUUGAACGAUAAAUUCACGACGGAUACUCCGCUUAAAACCGUGCGAGUAGAAGCAAUUCGGAAGAAUGGGCCGCUAUUGUUUAAAAAAAAGGAUCCACUUCCGGAACUUCCGCACAAUGUUUCUAAUGGUGAGGUAAAGAUGGAUGCAGCCGUUUUUGUCAUUAAACCGCCAGCAUAAGUUUGUUUUAUAUACAAAUUUUAUUCUUGAAUCUCAUUA